UUAUACCGUGUGCAAUCAAAUGGAUAUAAAAGCUUGAUUUUACUGUUUUUUUUAAAUUCAUCAGUCAGUCUUCUUAGUGUUAUACAUUUUGCUCCGUUUAAAAAUGAACGUGAACUUAACAUUCCUUACCAUUGCAUUUGUCAUCUGUGUAGUAAAUGGAACCCUUUUGCCUCACGAUCCCAACUAUUGCUAUUCAUCGGGUGAUCCCCAGAAUUUUUUAGCGAAAUUCUCAACAAUAACACAGUAUGAUGCAGUAAAAGGAGGCUCAGCAUUAAAUCCUUCUUCUUGUGAACCAAUUAAACUUUUGGCUUUGGUCAGGCAUGGUACGAGACGUCCAACGAGUACCGAAAUCAAUUUCAUGUUGAAGAAUUAUAGCCUAAUUCCGGGCGAAAUUAUAGACAACAUCAACUUAGGUACAACAAUGUUGUGUGAAGAUGAUGCGAAUACUUUGAAAGAGUGGCAAUUCGAUUCGAACCUGUUAUAUCCCAGCGGUGGUCUUUCUUUAUAUGGAAUAGAAGAAAUGAAAAAUAUAGCCCAGCGUCUUAAAAAUACGUUUCGAACACUUUUCUUGAAUAGCAAUUCAACUUUGUUCAGACAUUCACCAUCCGAAAGAACUCGACAAAGUGCUAAAGCUUUCGCUGAAGGGUUAUACGGAAGUUAUGCUGAAGUUACCUUUACAAAUAGUGGUUCGGAACCAGAUAUGCUUCUACAAUCAUUUGAAAACUGUGCAACAUGGAAAUACACAUUGCAACCUCUUGCGAUUAUGGAUGCGGAUAAUUUCACCAUUGGACAGGAAUUUGUAAAUUUAGAGGAACAUGUUAACAAAAAACUAGGUUUUACCACCGGAUUGAAACGACUCAAUCGGCUGGAUAUUCUAGCGCUAGUGCUGCAUUGUAUGUAUGAACAAAUUUUGAAUCGGACACAAAACUCGCCAUUCUGCGCUGCGUUUUCUCCCUCUGACAUGCAGAUCACCGAGUACUAUCUAGAUCUGCUGCAGUUUUAUUUGAGUGGUUACGGGUUUCCACUAUACAAAAACCUAUACAGAAAUAUGAAUUGCGAAUUGGUAAAAAAUAUGUUAGACUUCUUGACCGGAACUGCUACUGAAAAUGAAAGGCUAUUCUUCGGACAUGAUACCACCAUGCAAUUUCUAUUCGUGGCAUUGGGAGUAUUUAAGGAUGAUUACCCAAUGACUGCAAAUAAUUUUGCUCAACAGUCUUUCAGAAAAUGGAGACCAAGUCUUAACACACCUAUGGCUGCCACUUUGGUUAUUGUACGAUACAGAUGUCCUGCUGGCGACGAGGAUGAAGUCUUACUUGAACUAAAUGAAUUGCCACUGAAAUUCCCAGGGUGCAACGCAGAAGGAAUCUGUAAACUUUCGGUUUUUCUGAAGAAACUCGAUUACUUUGCAAAGGCGAAUUGUGCAAAACUUUUUUGCACCAACAAAACAUCUUAAAGUGUUAAACGAAAAUAAAGAUACGUU